AUGUUUGACUUCCUUUCAGGCAUCACAGAGCAAACAUGUGAGCAUUUCAGAUUUAAGUACUUUUUCAGCCUGUGUGGACACAGACACGUUCAUUCACUUAACUUUAGAAACUUGACUUAUUUUUCUUUCUUCUCUGAGCUGCACCACUCAGAUCAUGUUGCCACCACUAUAAUCGAGACCAUGGCUAUCAGCACAGUCUUCCUCGUCUCUGUGGCUGCAAAUGUGGGAGCUGUAGUCCUGGUAACCUGUGAACACACGCUGUUAUUCAAUAAGACCAUCCUGACUCUCAACUUGUUUGUGGUUGAUCUGACCUGAUCUGCUGUCAGCAUGAUCCCAAAUGUGGCAGUACGUUGGACUGUGUCUUGGGAGCUGGGGUAUACUGCCUGCUACACAGUGCUCUGUGUCAUCUGUAUGAGUGGCUGCGCCAUCACAACCUUGGCUUCCAUCAGUGUGGAGAGAGUCCAAGCUAUUCUCUGGCUGCAGACUGUGCCAACUCUAACCCCUAGGAUGGUGACUGUGACCCUCAUCUUCAUCUGUGCCUUUUCUGCACUCACUUCCCUGCCUCUCACUCGGUUCUUCACUCUGAUGGAAGUGGAUCUACUGUAAAUGUAUAUUUUAAUGUUUUCGCCACAGGAACGUGGUGACAUCUGUACUCUCAAGUGGCCUGCCAGCAAGGGGAGAUUCACAGGCCUUCUCUCAGGACUCAUAAUUCUGGUUAGUUACAGCAAAAUAUUGCAGAUGGGUUUAAUGCUCAGGCUAAGACUUUGACCCAGAGGUGGUCAGAACCCAUAUGGAGACUCUCCUCACUACCAUGUCUCUCGCCAGGAUAUGAAGUUCUUCCAUAUUGUGCUGGUCUUGGUGCUUUGAAUCAUGUGCAGCGCUAUUUUCAUUAUCACUUUCCUCAUAUUGGUCAGGAACUCACAGGGUCACAUAUAUGUCUCUUCUACCAUGUUCUUCUGGGUGGUGACAUUCACUCUGGCCAAUUCAGCGCUCAAUUGA